AUGGAUUACACAAUUUGGUUGUAUGGAUUUUCCUCCAUGGACAUGAAGUCUCCAGCAGCAGUGACAGAAUUUCUGGAGGCAUAUACCGGAAAAGGAACUGUUCAUGCUGUAAAGCUUUUUCCUCCCAAAGAUGGAAAGUCAAGAACAUUUGCCAUUGUUCGGUUCACACAUGCAGAAUUUGCUGAUAUGAUAAUUGCAUUAGCCGAUCAUUUGAGCCUGUGGUACAAUGAGUCUUAUCUGAUAGCUAAAAAAUCGAAGUUUGACAUCAUACCCGACUCAGAAAUCUUUGAGCACUGUAUGGAACGCGUACGACUUCACUUGGGAUGCAAGAUUUCUGAGGAACAGUUUUCUGUGCUUUGGGAAAGAUCGGAUGUUUUGGUGAAAUUUGGGGUGGGACUUAAGAACAUCUACUUUUUUUUCUCUUAUGCUUCGGUUGAUUACAAGCUUAAGAUCACCCCUGAAAAGGGUAGCCAGAUUGAGCUACGUCGUCCACACGGUCAACUUACAAAGUUUCUUCUCAUCCAGUUACUUGGUGCCCCUCAGCUUUUCAAGAAAGCUUCCGGACAGUGGGUUCAAGGAGUUGAUUUUACUCCAUGCUGCAUUGGACAAUCUUCUGCUGUAUGUUUGGAGCUUCUACCUAGGUGCGAGCUUCCAAAUCUACGCAAUAGUUUUAUUCAUUAUAAAGAACACGAAGGACCAUUCGUUCUGGAGAGAGCUAGAAAGCAGAAGCUUGAAAACUUUGAACAUAACAUGGAACUUGUGAAGCUGCACUCGGGCUUCCUGACUUCUGAGGAACGGUUUUCUGUGCUUUGGACAACAUCGGAUGUUUCAGUGAAAUUCGGAACAGCAUUUAAGAAUAUCUACCUAUUGUUUUCUUUUGAUGAUGUUGAAUACAAGCUAGAGAUCUCCUCUGAAAGUAUUAGUCAGAUUGAGCUAAAUCAUCCACGGGGCCAAUUUCCAAAGUUUCUUCUAAUCCAGUUACUUGGUGCCCCUCUGAUUUUCAAGAAAGAUUCUCAAAAUCGCUGGGUUCGAGAAGUUGAUUUCACUCCUUCAUGCUGCAUUGGGCAAUCUUCUGCUGUAUGCUUGGAACUUCCGCCUAGGUGUGAGCUUCCAAAUCUGCGCAAGUGUUUUGUUGAUUAUAAAGAAAAUGAAGAACGGUUCAUCCUGGAGGAAGGCAACACUUUCUCCUGCAAUUCAGAUCUUGUUCCUAUUGUAGGUCCACCCAUGGGCAUUAACUUGCCAUACAAAAUCCUGUUUAAGAUAAAUUCCUUGGUUCAGCAUGGAUGUGUUCCUGGGAAAGCACUUGAUGUCAAUUUUUAUAAGCUAGUUGAUCCUAGUAGAAUAAGAAUUGAAUACAUAGAGUGUGCCCUGGACAAGCUGUUUCGGUUAAAAGGGUGCUGCUAUGAGCCUGUGAGUUGGCUUACUGAGCAGUACAGAGAGUACAUGGCAUGCAAGCGAAUUCCUCAGUCGCCUGCUAUUUCUUUAGAUGAUGGGAUGGUGUAUGUGCACAGGGCUCAAGUAACACCGACUAAAGUUUAUUUCUGUGGUCCAGAGGCCAAUCUAUCCAACCGUGUUUUACGAAAUUAUUCUGAACAUGUCGAUAAUUUUCUUCGUGUUUCUUUCGUGGACGAGGACAUGGGUCUGAUACAUUCAGGAGCUUUAUGCCCGCUUACGAAUUGUACAACUUCUACAGAAGAGGAAAGGAGAACUGGAGUUUAUGACAGGAUACUUUCUACUCUAAGAAAUGGCAUAGUCAUUGGUCAAAAGAAGUUUGAGUUUCUUGCCCAUUCGGCGAGUCAACUGCGAGAGCAUUCUGUGUGGAUGUUUGCAUCAACAAGUGAGGUGACUGCACAAGACAUCAGAAACUGGAUGGGUGAUUUUAGUGACAUCAGAAAUGCGUCAAAAUAUGCUGCCAGGUUAGGUCAGGCUUUCAGCUCUUCCUGGAAGACUUUUGAUGUUGAUAGGGAUGAAAUCGAACUCAUUCCCGAUGUCGAAAUUGAAAGAGGUGGAGUCAAAUAUUGUUUCUCUGAUGGAAUUGGGAAGAUAUCUGCUGAGUUUGCUGGAAGAGUGGCAAUCAAGUGCGGCAAAAGUACUACUCCAUCUGCCUUUCAAAUUCGAUACGGCGGCUAUAAAGGUGUUGUGGCAGUUGAUCCUACAUUGUCAAAGAAGUUGGCGCUGCGAGAUAGCAUGUGCAAGUACCAAUCCAACAACGCAACACUCGAUGUUCUAGCAUGGAGCAGGUACCAAGCUUGUUUCCUUAACCGUCAAGUGAUCACCCUUCUGUCCACCCUCGGAGUCCCCAAUCAUGUUUUUGUGAAAAAGCAAAAACAGGCUUUGAAACAGCUGGAAGGUGUUUUGGCUGACCCGUUAAGAGCGCAGGAAGCACUUGAAAUCAUAUUCCAGGGAGUCUUCACCAACGCUUUGAAGGAAAUGCUUGUGUGCGGUUAUAAGCCAGAUGCAGAACCAUUUCUGUCAUUGAUGCUACAAGCAUUCUGUGCAUCCAAGCUUGUUGAACUGCGGAGCAAGACACGGAUAUUUGUUCCAGAUGGAAGAUCCUUGAUGGGAUGUCUAGAUGAAACCCGGACAUUGGAAUAUGGUCAAGUAUAUGUGCAAUGUUCUCGCCGGAAGAUCUUUGGUUGCAAUAGGAGCGAUACUUCAAGUGAUGACAAUUUUAUUGUUAGGGGAAAAGUAGUGGUAGCCAAAAACCCCUGUUUACACCCAGGGGAUGUUCGCGUUCUUGAGGCUGUGAACGUGCCGGCAUUGCACCACAUGGUGGAUUGUGUAGUUUUCCCGCAGAAAGGAAAGAGACCUCAUCCCAAUGAAUGCUCGGGAAGUGAUUUAGAUGGAGAUUUUUACUUUGAGGUUGAGGAAUCCUUUACCAACUUCAUAGUGAACGACAACUUGGGGAUAAUUUGUAAUGCGCAUAUUGUCUUUGCAGAUAGAGAGCACUGGAAGGCUAGCAGUGCUUCAUGUAUCGAGCUCGCCCAUCUCAAUUCGCAUGCUGUCGACUCUCCGAAAACUGGUGUGGUAGUGAAAGUGCCAAGCCACCUUCGUGUCCAUGAAUUCCCUGAUUUUAUGGAAAAGGUUGACAAACCCACCUACGAGUCCAAGCGUGUGAUUGGGCAGCUUUUCCGACAGGUGAAAGAUCUUGAGCUUGCAUCAGAUUCACCUUCAAACUCGGCCACGAUUAAAGCCUUCACUAUGGAAGUGGCUUUGAAGUUCUAUGACCCUGACAUGGAGGUAGAUGGAUUUGAAAACUACGUCAAAGAUGCCAUCAAUUACAAAAGGGAAUAUGACUACAAGCUUGGAAACCUGAUAGAUGACUAUGGUUUCAAAACUGAAGCCGAAAUACUAACUGGGAGCAUCACUACAGUAUCAAAAAGAUUCAAUGGGGAAAACGACUUGGAGUCAAUUCAUUACGCUCUAAAGGCAUUGAAAAAGGAAGCUAGGAACUGGUUUGAUGAGAAGCUGGGAAGUGAUAUGCUGUCCGAUACGAACCCUGAUAUCAAUGAUGAACAUGCAGCAAAAGCAUCGGCUUGGUAUCAUGUUACAUAUCAUCCUCGUUACUGGGGUUGCGGCAACAAGGGAAUGGAAAGAGAUCAUUUCCUAAGCUUUCCAUGGUGUGUGUUUGACAAGCUCGUCCAGAUCAAGAGGAGCAAGACACGUAUGAGAAAUUCUCUACUUAAUCAUGCCAUUGAAAGUUAUUUCAAGUCUUUGAAUCUCAAUUACUAA